GGGGCCGCCCCCGCACAUGCGCAGAGCGCGCGGCCCGCGGCCCGGGCCUCGCUCCGCCCGGGCCCGGCGCGGCCAUGGGCACCGCGAUCAGCUCCUGUGUAGAGUGUUUUGAGUCUAUGAAGCACCUUUGCAGUGUCUGUCGCUCUUCCUAGAAGGUGUCACAGGAAAACUUCACUGUUUUAUUACAAGAAUUCCGUGGUGUCCUGGCACAGCAGUGGAGUCCAGACCUGCUGAGUGGAUGGCAGCACUCUUACAAUGUCCGUCCCUCCCUGGAAAUCCAGCCCGGAGCUCUCCUUGCCGGGCCGGCGGACGCGUCCGGCGCUGAGGGAUCCCGUGUGAUAUGUGGGGCCUGGCUGCCGGGGGAGGUGCCCGAUGCCUGUGAUCCCCAUCCCCCGGCGGGUCCGCUCCUUCCACGGCCCCCACACGACCUGCCUGCACUCGGCCUGCGGCCCCGUGCGCACCACGCACCUGGUGCGCACCAAGUACAACAACUUCGACAUCUAUCUCAAAUCCCGCUGGAUGUACGGCUUCAUCCGCUUCCUGCUGUACUUCAGCUGCAGCCUCUUCACCUCCAUCCUCUGGGUGGCACUCUCGGUCCUGUUCUGCCUCCAGUACCUCGGCAUCCGCAUCUUCCUGCGCUUCCAGUACAAACUCUCCAUCAUCCUCCUCCUGCUGGGCCGGAGGCGCGUCGACUUCAGCCUCCUGAAUGAACUGCUCAUCUACGGCAUCCACGUCACCAUGCUGCUCGUGGGGGGGCUGGGCUGGUGUUUCAUGGUUUUUGUGGAUAUGUAAAUAAAAACCAAGCGCAUGUGGGCUCAGCAGGUGGCUUUUCUUGCGCCCCGAGACGUGUCGAUAACCCUCUUUUUUAAUAUUAAUUAAUUAAUUUGUC